UCAUCUGUGUGCGCCUCCUGGUAGUGGGUACAGGCUGUGAAAGCAUGGCAGCUGCUGAGACAGAGGUGGUGUCAUCUCUGAUUGCAGCCCCAGCCUCAGACGCUGCAGGAACAGCCGCGAACCCUGCAGCCGUAGCUGCAGCUGCAGUGGUAGCGUCCGGGACCAGAUCUCAAGCUCAGGUCUCCAAAGCCGCCCUGGCUGCUAAGCUGAUGUCGCUCAACGGCGUGUUCGCCGUGCACAAGCCCAAAGGGCCCACUUCAGCCGAGCUGCUGAAUCGGCUGAAGGAGAAGCUGCUGGCAGAAGCUGGAAUGCCAACUCCAGAAUGGAACAAGAGGCAAAAGCAGACACUGAAAAUUGGACAUGGAGGGACACUGGACAGUGCUGCUCAAGGUGUUCUGGUGGUUGGGAUUGGAAGAGGAACAAAAAUGUUGUCCAGUAUGUUGUCCGGGUCCAAGAGGUAUAUUGCCAUUGGAGAGCUGGGAAAAGCCACCGACACUCUAGAUGCUACCGGGAAGGUAACAGAUGAGAAGCCGUACGAUAAGAUAACACACGAAGAUAUCGAAGGCGUUCUGCAGAAGUUUACUGGGAAUAUAAUGCAAGUACCCCCACUCUAUUCUGCACUGAAGAAGGAUGGGCAGAGGCUUUCAACGUUAAUGAAAAGAGGUGAAGCCGUCGAGGCCAGACCUGCCAGGCUGGUGACUGUGUACAGCAUCUCCCUCCAGAGAUUCCAGCCACCGCUUUUCACUUUAGGUAUGAUGGAGAGGUUUGAAAUAAUCUGCUUUGCUCAUAUCUUUAUUUUGUGUUAGGCUAAUUUUACAUAG